AUGCGACUCUCCAGGCAGAGACUGAAAAUGGGUGGUUUCCAUGUCAUAUCAUUUGCUUCCCUAUGUUUACUUCUUUCUCUUUGGUCCUUGCUGCUCCUGCUGAAUGCACACCUUCCCGACUUACCACCUGGGCCGUACAAGCUAUUGAGGACUGAAGAGACCAAGGAUGUACAGUUAGGGAAGCUGGGGGAGAUGAUGAUCUCGAUGCUGCCAGAUGACCUCCCGUUUACCUUAUUCGUCCCCUCAGAAAGUGCCUUCCAAGGCGUUCUUCAGCUGAAUUCCAGUGACAGCCUUCUUGACCAGAAGGUUAACGAAACCUUUGCGAUUCUUUCUCGUGUUAUGGGGUUCUCCACCGUCCCUCUGCGUUUGGCUUCAAGAGAAGUGCCCACAAGGAAGGAGGUACUGCUCGAUUCCGUGUCUGGGUUCAGGUUACAUGCCCACAGACGCCCAGACGGAGCCCUCAUCGUCAACAACGUUCGUGCUGAGCUAGCAGACAUCACCAGGGGUGAGAUCAUGAUUCACAUCAUGAGCGGUGUGCUCAUGGAUGCCGAGUUUGAACAAUCAUUCCGUCCUGAUUAUGAAGACUAG